AUGGAAAAUAAAGAAGAGAAUUACAAGAAUUAUAUGGAGGAAAUAAAAAAAGUCUCAAAUAUUAUUCAGGCAAAAAGCAUCGAUUGUUUCGAAUCUAAUUCGACUAUUGACGAAAAUAAAAUAAUGAAUGUAAACGACAUAUGUAAUAUAUAUAUGGUUGACAAAACUUGUGAAAGAAAUAAUAUCUAUAGAAAAGAUAUAGACAAAGAAUAUCUUCAUGAAGAAAAUCAAAAAAAAAAAGAUAAGGAGAAAAAUUUAUGUGUUCAAAAAAAAGGAGAUAUAAUAGAAUCAUCUAUAUCUAAUACAAAUGAUAUUAUUAAAUGUAAUAACAAUUCAAAUGAAUAUAAUCAUAAUAUCGGAAAGGAUAAAAAGUUGGAAAAAUUCAAGUCCUUCAUCAUAGAGGACUCCAAUUCUUCGUCUUCUGGAAAAAAGAAAUAUAAUAUUAAUGAUGUAUAUAAGGUUAUUAAAAGUUUUUUAUUCAAAUAUAUGGAAAAUGAUAAAAAAAGAGGUGUCAACAAAAUGGUGGGAGAUAAUGAAAUGGCGGGAGAUAAUCAAAUGGAGGGAGAUAAUCAAAUGGAGGGAGAUAAUCAAAUGGAGGGAGAUAAUGAAAUGGAGGGAGAUAAUGAAAUGGAGGGAGAUAAUAAAAUGGAGGGAGAUAAUAAAAUGGAGGGAGAUAACCAAAUGGUUGAUGAUAAUGAAAUGGCGGGAGAUAACCAAAUGGUUGAUGAUAACCAAAUGGCGGGAGAUAACCAAAUUUCAGAAGGAUCAAAUCAGUUUAAACAUCCUCAUUAUCCAGAUGUACGGUCCGUAGGAAUGUGCUUAUAUUACAUUUUAAGAGGUAAAGUUAAUGUUAAUGUUUUAAAGAAAAUUUUUAGUGAUAAGAAAAAUGAUAAACAUGAAAAUACAAAAAGAAAUUAUAAUAUAAAUGAUGAGCACAAUGAUAAAAAUAAAGAAAAGGACCUUGAUGUUGAUAAUAUAGAAGAAGAAAGUAAUAUUGCACAAGAUAAUAAUGGUAUCCUUAAUAAAGAAAAUCAUUUAAAUGCAGAAAAAAUUUUUAAGUAUUUAAAUGAUUUAUUCAAUCAAGAAGAAAUUAUUAAUAUAAAUAAUACAGAAGGAAAAGAAUGUGAUAAGGUAUAUGAAGAUAUAGCAUGGACAUUUGUAAAAUAUAUAGAAAAUAAUAAUAUAAAUUUGAUGGAAGAUUUUGUUAAGUGUUCCUCCAACGAUGUAUCGGGAGAGCUCCCUGAUGUUGCUAUGGAAAAUUAUAAUGAAAAUUUUAAAAAUAAUGAUAUAUCACAAAAUAAUGAUAUGUCACAAAAUAAUGAUAUGUCGCAAAAUAAUGACAUGUCACAAAAUAAUGAUAUAUUACAAAAUAAUGAUAUGUCACAAAAUAAUGAUAUGUCACAAAAUAAUGAUAUGUCGCAAAAUAAUGACAUGUCACAAAAUAAUGACAUGUCACAAAAUAAUGAUAUAUUACAAAAUAAUGAUAUAUUACAAAAUAAUGAUAUAUUACAAAAUAAUGAUAUAUUACAAAAUAAUGAUAUGUCACAAAAUAAUGAUAUGUCACAAAAUAAUGAUAUGUCACAAAAUAAUAAUACCCCACACAAGAAACACCAAAUAAAUAACAGCAUUAAGAAGAAUUCCAAUAUAAUAAGAACAUUUGGUCCAUUUAACAAUGUUAAAAAUGUAAUUAUUCAUAUUCCUUUAUUUUUACGUUAUUUUAUACAGACACAUGUAUCAAGCACCAAGGCACGUACAAACAGAUGUGUUUAUAAUAAUGAUGAAAAUAAAAAGAAACUAAAAAAAAAGAUGAUGAAAGAGAUUAUGAUAGGUGUAUUAAAUUCAGAUGUGAAUAAAUUUUUUGAAGAAUUAUUAUGUAAUAUAAAAGCAUGUUUUCUAGAAAUUCUAGAUUAUUUAAAAGAAUAUUGUCGUUCUAAAUGUAUCCAAUUUAAUGAUGAGAAUUAUUUUUAUCAUUUUACUCAAAUAAUAUCUAUCGAGAAAACAUACUUUGAUUUAAAAACAAUUCUUUUUUAUACAAAGAAAUAUGAUAAAAUAAAGAAAAAGAUUAUAAAAAGAAUUAGAAAUAGGAUAUCAUCAGAUGAAUUUAAUGAUGAACAUAAUAAAAUUGUGACUGAGGAUAUUGAAAAAUUGAAUGGUCAUAUUUUUGAUGUAUCUACAAAUAAAUAUGUAUAUCCAAUAAAAAAUAAAAUAUUGACAAAUCAAAAAGAAAAUUAUUAUGAAUGGAUGUUACCUACUAUAUAUAAUAAAGAUGAUGAUAUACAAAGUGAUCAACUUAAUAAACAUACAAAUAAACAUAAUGGUAAAGUAUAUAAUCGUUUUAUUAAUAGAUGUUUUAAAAGAAAAUUAUAUCAUCAUGAACACGAAAAAAAUGAACCCUUUGAUAAUAUGACACAUAAACAAAUUAAAUUAGAUUCUGUUUCUACAGAUAUGAAUAGUAAAAAAUAUUAUUUAUUAAAAAAUGAGACAUCACCAUUGGAAAGACAUAACAAGGAUAAGGAUACAAUAACUUCGUCAAAUAUUUCCUUUUUAAAAAAUACACCCUCGGAAUAUAUGUUGCACAAGGAACAUGUGAUUAAUCGUGUUACAAAAAAUGACGAUAUGCAAGAUGAUAAGUAUGAAACAAGUAAGAAUAGUGACCAGCACAAUGAUAAUGAAAGGAAUGGUAAUAUAUAUAAUAAUGAUGAUAAUAAUGAUGAUGAUAAUAAUGAUGAUGAUAAUAAUAAUAAUAAUAAUGAUAAUAAUAAUGAUGAAGAGGAAGAUAAUAUUUAUUAUGCUCCUAGUAAUAUGAGGACAGGAAUAGAAGUAGAUAACGAAAAUGGGAAUGAGGAUAUUUAUAAAAAAGUACAUCUAGAAAAUAACGUUUAUGAUAAUAUUAUAUAUGAUGAUUAUAAAACAAUUCAAAAUCAAAACACCAAAAUUGUUGAUAAUGUGGAUAAUAAUACUUUUGUUAAAAUGAAAAAAAUGAAAGAUUCAAAUGAAUGUGGUCUAAAUAAUAAUCAGCAUUAUAAUAACGAACACAUUAAUAAUGAUCACUCUAAUAAUAUGUACAUUGAGGAUGAGGAAAUUAGGAUACCCGCCGAACGUAAUCAAGGAGAAAAAGAACUCAACAAAAUAAAUAGAAUAAACGAAGAUAAGAAAGAUCCUCUUUCUCAAGAGCAAUAUUAUAAAAGAAUAACUCGAAAAAGUAAAGCUAAAGUAAUGAUUGAACCAAAUGAUGAAAAAAUAGAACUAGGAACUGGUUACAAUAAUGUAAAAGAAAAUGAUGAUAUGGAAUAUACCAAAGAGAUGUAUGAUAAUGUGGGAAAGAUAUCAUCUUAUGAAGAUAUAAAAAAACAAAGAAAAAGAAAAAGAACAAGAAGAAAAGCAAAUGAUAAACCUGGAAAUGGUCAAAAUAAUCAAGAUGGUCAAAAUGAUCAAGAUGGUCAAGAUGGUCAAGAUGGUCAAAAUAAUCAAGAUGGUCAAAAUAAUCAAGAUAUAAAAAGUAUGCAAAAUUAUAUGCACCAUUUAAAUGUUACAAACGAUGAUCUUAUAAAUAAUGAUAAUACAAAUUCAAAAGUCUUAUCAAAUAUAAGUCAAAAUCACGAUUCAACAAAGAUUAAUAGCACAAUUAAAAUUAAAGAAAGCACAUCUUUUGAAAAGGAGACCUUGAAUAUUUUAACAAGAUCUUCAAAAGAUGAUCCAAAUACAUGUGAUAACCCUGAAGGUGUGGAUAUAAAUAUAAAUACACAAAAGAAAGAUAAUAAUAAUAAUAAUAAUAAUAAUAAUAAUAAUAAUAAUAAUAAUAAUAAUGUUCAUAAUAAUGUUCAUAAUAAUGUUCAUAAUAAUGUUCAUAAUAAUGUUCAUAAUAAUGUUCAUAAUAAUAAUUUCAUAAAGUGUAUAGAAAAAGAAUCGAAUGAUGGGAAUACUCCACACGCGUCUCCUCUUAUAAUAAAACAUAAUACAGAUCAUAUGAUCAAUUUUAAAUGUUAUAGUAAUGAUUAUAUUAUAAAUAUGAAUAAAAAAAGAAAUAAAAUAAAAAAGAAAUGUAUUAACAAAAUUAUGAGUAGUAUAUUUUCGGAAAAGAUUUAUAAAUAUGCCUUAAUAUUUUCUCCGAUUUUAAAAAAUGAUGGAUGCGUAUCUUUAUUAAGCGUACAUGCAUUAAAGAAUAUUGUUUUAAAGCUAUAUCAUCUGAGAAUUGUUGAAAUGCAACAAAAUGUAUAUAAAAAUAAUAAAUAUAAUAUUAAUAAUUAUAAUAAUGAGAUAUACAAUGAAAAAAGAAAUAAUUUUUUACAUAUGUAUCAUAAUCAUAUCAUAACUCCUACCGAAGAAACAUAUAUAAAUAACGAAAAUAAUAAUAAUUUGGAAAACAUAAAAAAUUAUAAAGGUGCUAAUAAUAAAGAAUUUAAAAAAAUUUCUUGUGAAAAAAAUUAUAAAUGUAAUUUAUCUACAAGAAAUUAUGAUAAAAUGGAUGAAUUUUACAAUACAAAAAAUGAAAGUGAUAUAGAAAUAAUACAAAAUUUAAAUAAUAUGAGUACAGCUGAAUAUUAUGAUAUGAAAGAAAAUUUAAAUAUGAAUAUAUUAAUUCGACAAUUUCUAAAAAAAAAUUUGAAUGAGGAAAAUUGGAACAUCUUUUGGGAAUGGUUAUAUGAAAACGACGAUAUUAAUAUAUCAACUUUUAAAAAACAUAUAAUUAAUCAUAUAAAGGAUAUAUUAUUAAAAAGGGAUGUUAUAAAUAGGUCUUGUCCACAUGAGAUGAUAGAACCUGAUAUGAGUGAAGGUCAUAUAAAUAUGGCUAACAAAAAUAAUAAUUAUAAUAAUUACAAUAAUUACAAUAAUUAUAAUAAUUACAAUAAUUAUAAUAAUUACAAUAAUUACAAUAAUUAUAAUAAUUAUAAUAAUGAUGAGAAAGAAAGAAUUGAAGAACUCUUAAAAUUUUAUAUAACAAACAACAGAGGCAUAAAUUUAGAAUAUAAUAAAGUGAAAGAAAUUCUUGAACAAGGAAAAUGUAAUGCAUACUAUAAUAAUGAAAAAAAAAUGGAGAUGUUAAAUAAUGAAUAUCUUCAUGAUAAUAUAUUAGAUUAUAUAAGGGCUAAUGUUUUAUAUGAAGGAUAUAUGAAUAAAGACGAUAUAAAUAAAAAAAGAGAUAAUGAAAAUAAUAAUAAUAAUAAUAUGAAUACAUUUGUUACUAACAUAAAAAGUGGACACGAAAAUAAUCAUAAUAAUGUGUAUAAUUUUUGUAAUAGUGAUCAUAGAUUUUCUCAUGAUAUUUCAAAUGAAAAAGGUGAGAAUAUAAAUAAUAUGAGUAAUUCAUUAUGUCAAUACAAAAGAACACAUAUGCAUAACUAUAUAUAUAAUGAAGAUGAUCAAAAUAUACAUAUUGAUGAUAAAAGUUAUAUACAAACAUUAAAAGAUCUUAACGACCUAAGAAGUAUGUAUAAAAAUAAACAUGCAGAUAUAUUACAGGAAAUUAAUGAAUGCGAUUUUUUAUUUGAAGAUGAAAAAUGUAGAUAUAACACAGAACAUAACAAUAUCAACAAUAAUAAUAAUAAUAAUAAAAACAAUAUAUUUAGGGACAAGGAAAAAAAAAAUAACAAUAUUAACAAUGAUUUGGAAAAUUAUUAUUUUUAUAAUAAACAUAUUUAUAAUUCUAUGGAUGAUUUAUAUGUUGAAAAGGAAAAUGGUCAUAAUGUAAAUAAUAAUAAAAAUAAUGAUGGUGGUGAUGCUGAUGGUGAUGCUGAUGGUGAUGAUAAUGGCGACGAUAAUGGUGACGAUAAUGGUGACGAUAAUGGUGACGAUAAUGGUGACGAUAAUGGUGACGAUAAUGGCGACGAUUAUGAUGAAGAUAAUAUCAAAUUAGCUGACUUGACGUAUAAAUUAAAUGAUUAUAAUAUAAAAAAUAAUAAUAACAUGAAAAAUAAGAAUAAAAAUACAAAUAAAAGAGAUAUUAUUUAUAAAGUAAAAGAUUUAUCAUGUAAACUAUCAGAGUUAUAUAACAACACAACAGACUUGACUUAUAAUUUAAAUGAUUCAGAUGACGAUCACAAUAAUUAUAAUAUGAUGAAUGUUGAACAAAGCAACAAAUAUGAAAAUAAUAAUGAUAUAAUAGGUGAACAAAAGGAUAUAGAUCAAAAUAAUAAUAUAAGUAAAAAGUAUGAUGCAAAAGAACAAUUUAUAAAUGAUAAUGGAAAUAAUAAAGACAAUAAUAUGAAUAUCCAUAAAAAAAACAAGAACUAUGAUCACAUAAGAAAUGAAAUAAGUACAAGAUCAAUAACUAAAGAAAUGAACUGUAAGGAAAAUAUUUUAAAUCUAAUAAAAAAUAAAAAUUUAAGUGUACAAGAUAUUUUAUAUUAUCAAAAAUUGUUGUUAUGUUUAAAAUAUGUGGGAGACCACAACUCAGCCAUAAACAACAACGAAACAGACCAAAAAGAUGAAGCAAAAGAAAAAGACGAAGCAAAAGAAAAAGGCGAAGCAAAAGAAAAAGAAAAAGACGAAACAAACGAAACAUAUCAAACAAACGAAACAUAUCAAACAAACGAAACAUAUCAAACAAACGAAACAUAUCAAACAAACGAAAGAGACGAAAUAGAUGAAAGUUCCAAAAAUUUCAAAAAUUUCAAAGAUUAUAUAAAUUAUAUAAAUUAUAAAAAUUAUAAAAAUUAUAAAAAUUACAAUAAUAAUAAUAUUCAAGGUGUACAUAAUUCUUUUAAUUAUGAAAAUAAUAAUAAUAUAUUUAUUAAAAACAAAAUGAACAAUGUAUAUAGCUAUCUAAAAAAUAUUCCAUAUACUAACAGAAAUAAUAAUUGUUUUAUAAAUAAAUAUUAUAAUUCAAAAUAUCUAAAUAAUCAUCAAUAUAAUCAAAAUGAUCCUAUUUAUAAAAAUAUGAAUAAUUCUGUAGGUAAUAAUUAUAUAAAAAAUAAUGAAAUGAUAAAUCAUAUACACACAUAUAACAAUCUCAUCAAUAAUCAUAAUUUUAAUAAGUAUGAUGAUGAUUAUAAUAAUUUCUUGAAUCAUCUUUAUAAUGAAAAAAUGAUAUGCAACUCAUUUAAUGGACAUGUAAACAAUAAUAAUAAUAAUAAUAAUAUCCAUAUGAAUAACAACAACAACAACAACAAUAAUAAUAAUAAUAAUAAUAAUAAUAAUAAUAAUAAUAGUAUGAAUAAUGAUUUGUUAAAUUUAUUAUAUUUAUAUGAACUGUCCCAGAAAAAUAAAAACCAAAAUGUGCCACAAAUAAAUAAUGAAUAUAUAUAUUAUUAUCUUAAUAAAUAUAUUUCAAAAAAUAUGAAUAUUUCGGAUUCUACAAUGAGAAAUGAACAAGACAAAUAUGUACAACCUAAUGAACAAAGAUAUGAUAAACAGGAUUAUAACGACCUAAAUUGUUUUAUUAAUGAUCAUAUUAAUAACAAUCGAACAUACCCUUCAAACGAUGAUAAAGAUAAACAUAAUCAUAAUAAUCAUAAUAAUUAUACAAAAGAAAAGUAUUGUAGAUUAACAGAAAAUAAUAAUAAAGAAAUUGAAGUAUUCCCUCAGAAUAAUUAUUUAAUCAAGAAUAAGAAAAACGCUCAAGGAAAUUUUACACUCAGCUUAGAUGAUGAAGCCAUCCUAUCCUCUUAUAAUAAUCCAGAAAAGAAUAAUACUGUAUGCAAAAAUAAUUAUAAAAAUGAUAAGAACUAUUAUGUACAGGAAGAAGAAAAUUAUUCAAGACACGAAAAUGAUAUAAGGAUGUUAGAAAAUUAUGAAAAGAAUUUAAAAGAAAAAAUUCCUUAUCAUAUGAAAAAUAAAUAUUUAGUUAUGUCAUCACAAAAUAAUAAUAAUUGUGCUUAUUCGCCUAAUAUGGAAAUUUAUAUGAAUAAAUUAAAAUAUACAAGAUUGAGGAAAAAAAAUAAAUAUGAUAUGGAUGUUAUGGAUGAUACGGAUGAUACGGAUGAUAUGGAUGAUAUGGAUGAUAUGGAUGAUAGGAAUGGUAAGUAUGGUAAGUAUGAUAGGUAUAAUAAGUAUGAUAGGCAUGAUAGGUAUGGUAAGUAUGGUAAGUAUAAUAAGUAUGAUAAGUAUCAUAGAUACAAUAAAUAUAAUAAUUAUUUAUCCACACUAUCGUAUUCAAAUAUGAACGAUAUUGAACAUAAUACACAUAUGGAUGAGCUAGGUCAAUAUCUUUUGGUUCCUGGGGGAGAUACACAAAAUUAUGAACAUGAGGAAGAUGCUAAGCAUAACGAACACAACGAAUAUAACGAAUAUAAAAAAUAUAACGAACAUAACAAAUAUAACGAACAUAACAAAUAUAACAAAUAUAACGAACAUAAUAAUAUCUUUGGUAGUAAUAAUCAUACUAAUCGUCGUCAUUUGAGACGUCCGCAUGAACGCACACAUGACAACUUUAAUCUUUAUAAUAAUAAUAAUAUGCUUGACAACUUUGUAAGAUGUUAUAAUAGAAACAAUAAGAAUUCUUCGUCACCUUUUUUCAUAAAUAAAGAUUUAUAUAAUUCAUUUGAAGAUUUGAAUGAAAGCAGCAAUGAUGAAGAUACCCUGAGACAUGAUAAUUAUUUUAGAAAAAGGAAAAGAACACAUUUGAAAGGAAAAUAUGUUUUACAAAGACAAGAAAAUGACCUUGAUGUAAUGUGUAAUAUGGAUGAAUAUGAUAAUAUGAGAAAUAAUAAAUAUAAUUAUAAUCAUUAUGAAGACAGAGAAGAUGGUGCGGGUCAUUAUGGAGAUGACGAUGAUGAAAACAUGAAUAUGUUAAAAAAUAGAAAUAUGUAUUCACAGUCAUUAUUAAAUCAUAGAAAAUUAAAUGAUAAAGAAAAGGACAACAUUUAUGGUAGUGUAUAUAAUAAGAGAAAGGGAUUUCGUGCACAAGUAUCAUCAGCGGGAAAUAAGACUGAAGAAGAAAAGAACAGGAGUGGUUUCCUUAAUACAGAUAUCACACCAGAAUAUGGAAGGGGCAGAAGAACAAAAGUAGUUAAUCAGAAUUAUGUAAAGAAUUAUGAGUGUGAUACGAAAUAUUAUAGUAAAAAGGAAAAGACAAAUACGUUAACAAAUAUGCAUAUAAAUGUUAUGAACAAUAAUAAUAAUGGUUCAUUGUGUGAUGUAAAUAAUAAAGAUAAAAUAAAGACAAAUGUGGACUCAUCUUUAAUUAAUAAAAAUAAUAAAAGUAAUAUUACAACUCGAAAAAUAAAUAAUUGUAACAACAAUAAUAAAAUGAAAAAUAAUAUAUUAGACAAUAAUGAAGAUUAUGAAACCAAAUUAGCUUGUUCCGAAUUAAAACCUCAAAGGGGUGUAUAUUUUGAUAAAUCACAAAAAGCUUGGAUAGGUAGCUGGUAUGAAGAAGGAAAACAAAUUAAAAGAAGAUUCAAAAUUAAAUAUUAUGGAUGGGAUGAAGCUAAGAGUCUCGCUAUAAAAGCUAGGUUUGCUUUUGAAAAUAAGACAAAAAAUUUGAAAGGGAAAAAAGGACCUAUCAGUAAAAAUAAAAAUGAUAAAAAUGAAAAAGAUGCAAACGAUAAUGUAAAUAAUGUAAAUAAUGUAAAUAAUGUAAAUAAUGUGAAUGGAAAUGUAAACGAUAAUAUAAAUAAUGUAAAUAAUGUGAAUGGAAAUGUAAACGAUAAUAUAAAUAAUGUAAAUAAUGUGAAUGGAAAUGUAAACGAUAAUAUAAAUAAUGUAAAUGAUGUGAAAGAUAACCAUAUUGAUGAUACACAACCUGUGACAAACUCUGAGCCCAUGAACAUAAACACUUGUCCUAUCAAAUCUCCAGAACUUUUAAAAGAUAAUAAAGAAAAUGAUAUGAAUAAUAUACAUGUAGAUAAUAUUGUAAGUAAAAGAGGCAUGUCGACAAGAAAUACUGGAGUACAUUUAUCAAAAAAUAAUAAUAUAAAUAAUGAUAAUAAUAACACUAAUAAGAGAGAUACCAGAAGAAAUUUUUAUAAAAGACGAUCUUAUACUCAUGAUCAUUAUAUGAAUACAGAAAAUAAAGAAUUUAUUAAUGAAAGGAAGAAAAAAAAAACGAAUAUGAGCAAUAAUAAAAAUAAUGAAAAAAAUGAAAAAAAUGGCAAUAAUGAUGUAAUAAAUAAUGAUAACAAUGAUGUAAAUAAUGAUGAUAAUAAUAUUAGUAAUAUUAGUAGUAAUAAUGAUGUACUACAGAAUAGUCAACAUGAUAUAAAUAUAAAGAACGAAAUUGAUACUAAUAUGCUAUAUUCUUAUAAUAACAAACACAAUUCUGAUAUAAAUCUUUCAUCAUAUAAUAAUCUCAACCAAAAGAAUAAUACAUAUAAUGAUCAUAUAUUUAAUGAUAUACAAUAUGAUCAAAAUCAAAAUGUUCAAGAAAACUUUAUUAAUAAAACAUCCUUAUCCUUACAAACAAACACAAAUAAUACAUAUAGUGAUUUAAAUCACGACAAGGAAAAUGAAAAUAAUAGAAGUCAAAUUGUGGUCAAUAAACAAAAUGAUAAUGUACAUACAAAACAAGAAUAUAAAGAAAAAAGUCAAAUGGAUUCACAAAAUAAUAGUAGCAUACAUGAUUAUAUAAACAAAGAAAAUUAUAUGAAUGAAAAUAUGAUGAUGUCGCAUGUAGAUGGUAUGUAUAUUCCAGGUACUUACAUGAGUAACAGUGAUAUUACAUAUAAAAAAAAUAAUAAUUAUCUUAAUUAUGAAGAUGUUAUAAAUUAUGAUCAGUCUAAAACAAAGUAUCAUCAACAAGAUAAAAGUGAUCAUAAUAAUGAUGGUGAUAAUAAUAAUGAUGAUAAUAAUAAUGAUAAUAAUAAUAAUGAUGAUAAUUAUCACCUUUGUAAUAAAUAUAAUACCGAACCGUACAGCCAUUUAAACAACAACAAUGAAGAGACAAAACUUGAAGAAUGUUCUUCUGUUAAUGUAUCGAAUAAAAAGAAUAUUAAUAAUAUAAACAAAAUAGAAAAUAAAAAUACAAAAAAUGUAUAUUUGAAAUAUUCCUAUUGUAAAUCAUUAGAAAAUUGUAAUACUUAUACAAAAGGUAAUAAUAAAAAAUCAGGUGAUCAACCAAAUAUGACAGAUCAAUCAAUUAAAUUACCACAAGGUGUUUUCUAUCAAGAUUCUAAAAAAGCUUUCUGUGCAAAUUGGUAUUCAAAUGGAAAACAAGAAAAAAGAUAUUUUUCUAUAAACAAAUUUGGAGAAGAAAAAGCUAGAAAUCUAGCAAUAGCGGCAAGAAAAAAAUUCGAAAAUGUUUAUAAAAAAAAUGGACAUGGAAAUAAAAAAGAUAAUUCUAUAUCUUCUAUUGUAAAAAAUAAUCAAACCAAUGAUAUUAUAAUUAAAUCACAGGAAAAUAAUGAUGAAAUGCUAUAUCAUAAAAAUGACCAAUCUGAUCAGAUAACUAAAAAGGAAAUCAUAGACCAGGAACUCUACUCUUCGAAUUUGUUAACAAACCCACUUAACAACGAUAUCGAGGAGCCCAAAGAUAAAUAUAAAGGACCCACCAGCAACAGCAUUGUUGGAAGUAACAAUACAACAGAAGUUGUAAACAACAACCAAAUUGACGAUGAUUAUGAUGGUGAUGAAGAUAUCAAACAAGAUAAAGAAAAUAACAAUAUGAAUGAUCUGAAUAAUGAACAUGUCGAUAAAAAUUAUAAAAAUUAUCCAAACAUCACAAAUAUCACAAAUGAAAUUAAUUAUCAAGAUGAUAAAAAUUUUCAUCAGCCAAAUAAUACUGAUCCUGUUAAAGUACAGAGAGGAAGAAAAAGUUCUAAAAAUAUAAAUAUAUCUCAACAAAACAAUAAAGAUGAUACAUAUGGAAAUUCUCAUAAAAAUCAAAACUCAGAAAAUAAUAUAAAUACUACUAAAAAAAAUAAUCAUAGUUAUACUACAAAUAUAGAUAAUAAUCAAAAUGAUCAUAUACUUAAUAUAACCAAAGAAAUAACAGAUAAUAAUAACUUACAUCUUUCAAAUAACGAAAAAAUAAAUAAAAAUAUUUCAUAUGAAAAUUUAAAUAUUGAUCAUACAACAGAUGAUCUUUUAAAAUCAUCAGGUAAAGAUAUGAAAGGAGAAACUUUUAAUAAACAUUAUUCAAAAAAUUCUUUAAAUAAAAAUCUCAAAAAAGAAGUAGAUGAUGUUAAUAUGAUAAACAAAAUGGAAAAAACAGGAUCAACACCUGCAGGAGUAUAUAUGAUUAGAAUUAAUGGUGUUGUACAAGCUUGGAGAGCUGAAUGGAGAAGUCCAAGUGGUUGUAAAAGAACAAAAAAUUUCGGAAUUAAUACUUAUGGUACUACCUUAAGUAAAAAAUUAGCUAUCGAAAUGAGAGCAAGAAUGACUGGAGAAUGUUUAAUUUCAGAUGAUGGAACUGUUUUUGAUUAUUCAACAAAAAAAGGAACUAUGAGUAAUUAA